GAAGGGUGAAAUGUUUAUCAGAACCUUCUGCAGAUUAGUAGGGGAAAGUCUGUGUACAGUACCAGCUUAGGUAUCUGGUAUUCUUAGGUUCAGCGUAUUCCCGUCGAAUGUAGGCUCCGCGUCGUACGGGAGACGAUAGUGAUCGUCAGCGAUGACUGGCGUAAACUGUUAUUCCUUAUUGUCUGCCGUCGCAUUGCUGAGAGCUGCGCUCUGAAGGACCUUUUCCGGUCUGUUGCACUCGUUCGGCAGAAUCUAGGUUGAGAUAGCGCUUGCUGCUAGGCUAUCCACGGUAGAGCGUUGUUGACCUCGAUAAGAGCUCCCCCAUUGUAAGCUUUCCAUGUUCUAAAGCUUCGAGAAGGAAGAUCGUCGCAAUGGUUCUCGCUGCUGUUGUUUCCGUGCUGCUGUUUCUCCCCGUCGCAUUAUCCUUAGCAUCGAAUCACUCCCUCUUGGCCAUGCAUCAUGGCGACGCAGCUAGUAACGAGUACUCCGCAAAACAGCACGGGGGUCACCGCCAUGACCUCCUCGAGUUAUCCUUCGCCGUUUCUCGCAAAUCCGUUACUCGCGAAUCCGUUUCUCGCGAAUUCGUUCCUCGCGGAGCGACCCCCCUCGCUGCCUCUCAACUGCGUGCAUUGCUCGACAUCAAUCGUGCUGUGAGGGCAUGGCCGCGCAGCAGCAACCACUCACUCUCCUGCAACCUCUGGACUGGUGUCACCUGCGACGCUUCCGGCUUUAUCACCCGCCUGGACCUCUCACAAGUGGGGACGCUCUCAGGCGCCCUGCCUCCUUAUGCACUUGGGCGGCUCUGGCGACUGACAUACCUGAGCAUGGCCAACAGCCGCCAACUCAAGGGUACACUCCAUGCUCUCGCCCUGCCACCUGCCCUUGCCUUCUUGGACCUCUCAUACACGGCUGUGUCUGGCGCUCUCCCUCAUGCCUUUUCCAAUCUCACCAGCCUGGCGUAUCUUGACCUCACGGGCACGCCAGUAUCUGGGCCCAUUCCCUCCACUGUCUCCCGAAUCACCAAGCUCGCACACCUAGACCUCUCUUUCACGUCCAUAUCUGGCGAGCUGCCGUCUACACUAAGUGCUCUCUCAAGACUCUCCUAUCUCAACCUUUAUCUGCUGGGCUCCCAAGUGGGCGGCUCCAUCACCACACUCACCUUCGUCUCUCUCCUCACCAACCUCCGCUCCUUGGAGCUCUUUGGCUUCAAGGCCAUGAGGGCGGGCGACAUGAGCGCUCUCAGCGGCCUCUCCACACUCACUCGCCUUCAGAAGCUUGUGGUUGGGGACCUGGGCAGCGUGGUGGGCGAGCUGCCCUAUCAACUGGGCUUCCUCACUCAGCUCACCCACCUGGACCUGUCUUACAACUACUUCUCCAAUUUCCCCACCUGGGUUGUUGACCUCACCCGGCUGCAGUACAUCGACCUGCUGCAUCAGUACGACCAGCGCAAGGGCUACAUUCCCCGUGACCUCAACAGACUCCCCAACCUCCGCACCUUUCUAGCUGCUGGCAACGGCUUGGCUGGCUUCCUGCCCGAGACGUGGAGCGGCCUCACUGCACUGGAGCGGCUGAAUCUGCAAGAGAACUACCUGGAGGGCUCCAUCCCAGGGAGCUACUCCACUCUCAAGGCGCUCACCCACCUGAACCUGAACACCAAUCGGCUGUCAGGGACACUUCCUCCAGUCUUCUCGUCCGAUCUCGAUACUUUGAACCUUGGAAACAACGACUUCGGGGGGUCCAUUCCGGAAUUCCUGGGAAGGCUGCCCUACCUUACGGAUCUGAACUUGAGGAACAACCGGUUCGUUGGAGCCAUCCCCGCCACCUUCACUGCGCUCGAGUACAUGCGAGAACUGUCGGUGGGUGGAAACCAGCUCAGCAGAGGUCUCGAUGUCGUUUCUGACAUGCCAUGGCUCGCCAUCCUGUCUGUGAAGAGCAACAACUUCUCUGGGGAGGUGCCGUCCUCCCUCUUAUCGCUCACUGACCUCCAUUUGCUCGAGUUGGGCUUGAACCAGUUCACAGGGACCUUCCCCUCUGUUGUCCUCACCCUCACCAACCUCAAGGCUCUUGGCCUGCAGGGCAACGGUUUCUCUGGCGCCAUCCCACCACGUGUGUCUGCCUUGGCCAACUUGAAUGACCUGGACGUGAGUGACAACCGCUUCCAUGGCCGCAUUCCCGAGGCCGUCUUCUCGCUCACUGCGCUCGAGAACCUUCUAGCAUCUCGCAACCUCCUCUCUGGCGGCCUUCCCUCCGCCAUCCAAGCAUCUACUUCCCUGAAACAACUGCAUCUGGAGGGCAACGGGCUCACAGGGUCGCUGCCAGACUUCUCUCGCUGGAACACUUCACUCUUCGCUCUGUUUCUCGCGAGCAACAACCUCACAGGCUCCAUCCCAGCCUCCGUAUCCGCCUUGACUUCUCUCCGCAUACUUAGCCUGCACAGCAACCAGUUGGAUGGAGCCUUCCCCACCAGCCUCCUCUCCAUCAAAUCCCUCGAGUCACUGCUGCUAGCACGCAACAGCAUUCAGGGAUCGCUUCCAGACAACCUGGCGCAGCUCUCAGCCCUGCGCCACCUCUGGUUGAGCCAUAACAGCUUCACAGGGAAGCUUCCAGCCUCCUUCUGUGAACUCUCCAACCUGGAAAUUCUGUACCUGAGGAACAACUCCUUCUAUGGCCCCAUCCCCGACUGCCUCUUCAACGGAUUCCAUUGCCUCAACAGGCUGGAUCUGAGCCAGAACAGCUUUUACGGACGCAUAAACCGCAACUUUGAGGGCAUAGUGCCCGCCGCCGGCGCUUUGUUGAACAUCGCGGACAACUUCUUCUACGGCGAGCCGGUGCUUUUUGCCAGCGGGUGCCAGUUCUGCCCGUCGGAGAUCGCUGAUGAGAGCACAGUGGAUCCGGGGGAUCUGAGCUUCCAGGCAGGCGGGAACUGCGUUGUGAAGUCUCUUGCUGGCAGGGUUGCUCUGGUAGUGUCGAAGCAGUACCAGCUUGGCAAGGCCAGCCUCGCCAACAACUGCUUCCAGCCCAGCGCCGCCCUCACCUGCUCCGCUCUAUCCAACUCCAACUCUUCAAACCUCAACUCCCCCUCGGCCUCCUCGGCCUCCUCCUCUUCUUCCUCUCAGCGCACAGCAGCAGAGUGCAGGGCAUUUUGCAGCAUCACCGACAACGGCCCCUGUGACGGCCACGGCGCCUGCGUGCCGCCCUCCCAGAGCUCCCGGUCCAACUUCACGUGCGAGUGCGAUGCUGGCUACAGUGCGUUCGACAGUGGGAAUGGCUCUACAUGCGUCAUUCUCACCACCACCACAGUCCCGGCAUCAGGCCUCUCACCGGGAGCAAUAGCGGGCAUCGCUGUCGGCUGCUUCCUCGGCUUCGCCCUCCUCUCCACGACCCUCGCUUGCAUACUCUUGCCCAAGCGACGCCGCAAGUGGGGCGACCUGGACGUGUGCCACGAGUUCUCCCUGCAGCAGCUGCUACAAGCCACUGACAACUGGGCGGAUGGGAACCGGCUGGGGCGGGGCGGGUUUGCGACGGUGUACCUGGGGGUGUCGCCCAAGGGGGAGAUGUGGGCGGUGAAGCGGUGCAAGAUCAUGACCAACGACUUUGAGAAAGAGGUCCGAGCCAUGGCGACGCUACGGCACGAAAACUUAGUGCGGCUGCUGGGGUUCUGUGUGGACAUGAACGUGGAGAGCGGCAGGCAGGAGCAGGUGCUGGUGUAUGAGUACGUGGACAAUGGCGACCUCAAGCACCACAUUCACAACGCCAAGUCCCCCCUCACCUUCCACCAGCGCCUCAGGCUAGCCCAGGGAGCCGCGGAGGGCUUGGCCUACCUGCACAGCUUCAGCACGCCCAUCGUGCACCGCGACGUGAAGCCCGCCAACAUCCUCGUGGGGGAGCGGCCGGGUGGCGGACUGGAGGCAAAAGUGGCGGACUUUGGGCUGCUGAAGCAGCUGACUGAGGGGGGCGGAGAGGGGGAUGCCACUAGGAUAGCAGGCACCCCGGGGUACGUGGACCCGGACUACAACCGCACACGAGUGGUGUCUCCCAAGACUGACGUGUACAGCUUUGGAGUGGUGCUUCUGGAGAUUCUGACAGGCCGGCCAGCAGUGAUGCGUGAAGAGGAUUACCACAUUGCCACGUGGGCAGCCCAGAGGGUGGCAGAAUAUGAGCUGGACCUCCUUAAAGACCCUUCUAUUGAUGCCCCUGAUGAUGCAAUAGUGGAGUUUGCUGACAUCGCGCUGGACUGCCUAAAAAUGCCGUGCACGCGCCGCCCGGAUAUGAAGGACGUGGCACACAGAAUUGACUCCAUGAUUCACAAGUACUGUCUUGGUAAGGGCGAGAAAGAGGUCGCUCCUGGCGAGCCUGUAAUGAGGCCACUCAUUAGCGAGGAUGAGGAUGGUAUUAACGAUUUGGAAGUUGUGGCUAGUGGUAGUGGGCUAACACUGACAGGCACAGAUGUGAGCAGAAUUAACAGUAGCCUUGCGAGUAGCAGUCCCUUGCCUAGGCGGGUGGGUGGGGAUGGAGCAGAGGUAGUAGCUUUCGGGAGUGCCAGUUCAGAUAGCAUAAUGUCUAAAGGCUCGCAUGCUGACCACAGUAUUAUUGAGAAAAGGGUUCACCCCCGCUGAUUUUAGGUGCUACAUUUCAACAUUUUUUGUGCCCUUUCGUCGAAUACCUGCCUUGAAAAUC